GCGCGCUCUCCACCGCUCUGGACCAAUCAGAGCUGCCUGCUCUCCUCUCCGGACCAAUCGGAGCUGCCGCUGCUCCUCUGCUCUCCUUAUAAGCUCACUGUUGCCGCUCAACCUCCACUUGUAGUUUUUCUAUCGGAGCAGAGAGAACAGAGGAAGUAGAAUGGCCAGAACCAAGCAGACCGCCCGGAAAUCCACCGGAGGAAAAGCUCCCAGGAAGCAGCUGGCCACCAAGGCUGCCCGGAAGAGCGCCCCAGCCACCGGCGGCGUUAAGAAGCCUCACCGUUACCGGCCCGGUACCGUGGCUCUGAGAGAGAUCCGUCGCUACCAGAAAUCCACGGAGCUGCUCAUCCGCAAGCUGCCCUUCCAGCGCCUCGUCAGAGAGAUCGCUCAGGACUUCAAGACCGACCUGCGCUUCCAGAGCUCGGCCGUCAUGGCUCUGCAGGAGGCCAGCGAGGCUUACCUGGUCGGCCUGUUCGAGGACACCAACCUGUGCGCCAUCCACGCCAAGAGGGUCACCAUCAUGCCCAAAGACAUCCAGCUGGCCCGCCGCAUCCGUGGAGAGAGAGCUUAGACUCAAACACACUUUACCUCACACACCACGGCUCUUUUAAGAGCCACACAUUUUCAUUGAAGGAGCUCUACGUCCAAUAUGGUACAUAAUAAUAAUAACUUAUUUUCAUGUAGCUCUGAGACUGUGAUAACAUAUGAGGUGCAAUAUUUUAGUCCUCACCUUCCACCUUUACAGUCAUGUUGACCCUGAAAUUCAUUCUGUGUAGAAACUGCAUCUCAUCACAUUUUCACUCUUUAUAUUCUUACUGUGCAUCAUGUGUUCAUUCUGCCUAUAUCUCACAGCAUUAGUACUCUUUACACUUUUUAUAACGUUGUUUAUCCUGGACAUUUACAUCAAAUACAAUAUAAAAUAUUUUAUCCACAUCCAUAUAUUAAUUUCCUUCCUGUGCUGAUUGCACUCUGUCCAUAAUGUUUAUUCUGUAUAUAAUGCACUUUACUGCUGCUUUUAUUCCACUUCUGAUUUGAUGCUAAACUACAUUUCAGUGUCUCACCACUUGUACUCUGUUCAGUGAGAAUAAAGUUGAAUCUAG